CCAUUUGCAUGCAUGCAUGCACUCUCUCGACAUCUGGAAGUAGCAAGCUAUAUAGCUAGAUAUAUAGAACGAUCUCACACACUAACACUGACAGUUCACGCUUGUAGAAGUCGUAGCAGCAGCUAGCUAGGCUAGCAGCACUCAGCGACCCGUGCUCGACCUAGCUAGAAUCAACAGAACACAAGCUAGCAAAUGGCUUCCGGCGGGUCGUCGUCGUCGUCGUCCCGGGCGUGGACGCAGCGGCAGAACAAGCAGUUCGAGUGCGCGCUGGCGGUGUAUGACCGGGAGACACCGGACCGGUGGCACAACAUCGCCCGCUACAUGGGCGGCACCAAGUCCGCCGACGAGGUGCGCCGCCACUUCGAGCAGCUCGUCCACGACGUCACCCAGAUCGAGGCCGGCCGCGUCCCCUUCCCCCGCUACGGCUACGGCAGCGCGCCGCCCGCCGGCGGCGGCGGCCUUGACGACACCAGCAGGGCCAAGUACAUGAAGUUCCAGUGAUUAAGACAAAUGACGGCUGCCCGAGAGACGCGUACAACCAUGCAUGUACAUAUAUAUUUAUAUAUAAUAUAUAUGUAUGACAGUUCUUUGCAACUGUGGUGUAAACUUAUACUAUUACCGUGCAAUGGCUCUCCGAAAAUAAACCUAGCUAUAUUAGGGAAGAAGAAGGAGGCGAAGAAGGAAGAGGUAUCAUCGUAAUUUUACCCUCCUGUAUAUAUAUGAUGUACAAUUGUAGAUUAGUUAAUUAUUAGACUGACAUUGAUCGAUCGAUGAUCGGUCAAUGCUGCUGAAAUAAUGUACAUGUAAGCUAUAUUCUAGCUAGUAUCACAAUCAAUGUAAAGUGUUCAUCAGCUUCUCCA